ACUGAAUGGACGACGAUUUCACUGACAGCUCGGCAUCAUUUUUGCGUACACAAAAAAUAUUGAUUAUUUGUGGCUUUUUAUUCAUUAAAAUCCUUUUGCCAGGAUAGUUAUAAUCACUGAGAAGAUACAAUUGAGUGGGUGUUGAGUGCUGUGAGUGAAAGAAAUCAUUGAGAAAGUAUCUGAGAAAGGGGAAAACAGUGAAGAUAAUUCAGCCAUGGCGACAAUUCAGGCAGUUCCUCCUGGUCAGAAGACCGGCACUGGUUGGCCUCGAAGUCAGGGAAAUGCUCCACCAUCGACUACUCCGGAUGUCCAGCAACAGAAGCUGGCACUCAAUCAAUCUGUUACAAUCAACAGAACCAUUAAUCUGUAUCCCUUAACUAACUACACAUUUGGCACGAAGGAGCCCCUCUUUGAGAAGGAUCCAUCAGUUCCGGCACGAUUCCAGCGGAUGCGUGAUGAAUUUGAUCGUAUCGGCAUGCGGAGAUCCGUGGAGGGAGUCCUUCUGGUGCACGAACAUGGACUGCCACACGUUCUGCUGCUCCAAUUAGGCACGACAUUCUUCAAGCUUCCCGGAGGUGAACUCAAUGCAGGCGAAGAUGAAGUUGAAGGCCUCAAGAGACUCCUUACUGAAACACUCGGGCGACAGGAUGGUGUAAAGCAGGAGUGGAUUGUGGAGGAUACCAUCGGCAACUGGUGGCGACCAAACUUCGAACCACCACAGUACCCGUAUAUUCCGCCCCAUAUCACCAAGCCCAAGGAACACAAACGUUUGUUUCUCGUCCAACUCCAUGAAAAGGCUCUUUUUGCUGUUCCGAAGAACUACAAAUUGGUAGCAGCACCACUUUUUGAGCUCUACGACAAUUCCCAGGGAUAUGGGCCGAUAAUUUCAUCACUGCCACAGGCAUUGUGCAGGUUCAAUUUUAUCUACAUGAUCAAUUGACUAGGAUCUGGAUUCCGGGGCAAUGAGCAGGGCCGGCAGCAAGUUGAUGAGUGGAGUGACUAAAAAAAAAAGAGAAGGGAUGGGUAAGUUUUUUUUCUCCUCCGGAUUGGGUGCAUCACCCCCCUACAAAAAAAGAAGAAGAAGAAAAGUAUUGCAGACAAGAAAUCUGCUAAAAUAAAGACAACGUGUCCAAUUGCAACAUCCACAAAAA